AUGAACAGAAAGGAGGACGCUAGAGACACAAUUUAUCUCGAGCAUCCGUGUGGUUCGAGUGCCACUAUUUCAAGGCUUGGUGCUACUGUUCUUUCACUUAAGACUGCGAGCAACAAUGAAGUUCUCUGGCUAGAUUCGGAUCGGUCGCAGGCUGCUAGUGAUGGCAAUAGGUUAUACGGGGGGAUUCCCGUGAUUUUCCCGACAUUUGGAAAUGUCGAAGACAGUAGAAUUAUGGCAAUUGGUGAUCAACAGGAUAUGAUUCGACACAUGGAGAGUGUUCCUCAUCACGGCUUCGCAAAAGACUGUGUUUGGGACCUGAUCACACCAGAUGACACCAAAAGCUACUACGACUUGCUGAAUACUGAAGAGCAAAAAGCUAAAAUCUAUCAAGACGGUCUUCCUCAGGCAUUACUUAGACUUUCCCCUCUCAAUGUACCUGCUGAUCUAGGAGGUUCCUGGCUAAAAGAGUCAGGAGACUGGGAUAUACUGUACAGAAUAAUGCUCAAAGAAGACGAGUUAUCCCUAGAUCUCUGUGUCCGAAAUCAAAAUACAAGAGAAGACUUCCACAAUGAUAUGCGUGCGAAAAUACUGUUUCACAAUUAUUUGUCAGUCUCGAACCCGGGCUCGAUGAAUAUAUAUGGUUUGAAUGACGCUAGGAUUAUGCUUGACUCGAAUUCUGCUAGACCCGUCUACACUGAUAAUGCGGUUUCCUUCAACAUUCCGGGAUUUAUAGACCAGGUCUGGACACUAAAGCAGAUUGAUACUGUGAAUGUGCUUGUGAAGAACAAGGUGAAAGGUUUAAUCCCCCAAUUCAGUAUUACGGCGUACAACUUGCCCGAUCUUGGUGAGUGGAAUCAUCAUGUUUCACCUGGGCCUUCCACCGGCAGCGCAUAG